AUGAAUGAUCUUAAUGCUGCUCAAGCAAAAGGAUUAAGACUAGCUUUAUAUGAUAUUGAUCCGUCAUGCAGCUGGGAAGAUCACUUGACUUUUAUUUUCAAGUCAUGUGUAAUUCAUUAUAAUCGGCAACCUUUGAAACAAAUAAUAUAUUCUAUUUCUGAUGCACAAUCCAAUGCAGAAGCUUUUGAAUUACUAGAUAGAAUGAAACUUUUAAUGAAGAAGGAGCUAAAGAUUGGUCUAUUUAUUACAGACAAAAGUAUGUUCUUGAAUCGUUAUGUUUCAAAUAUUCCAGAAUCUUUUUGGCAUUUAGCGGAUAGAAAUACAAAUAUCGCUGAAUCAGCUCAUGCAAACAUUAAUCAUGAUGGAAAAACUCGUCAUUUUGAUGAAUGCCAAUAUACCUCUAUUAAUGUACAUACCAAAUUUGGAAUUGGCAAUAGUGGACGCGACAAAGGUGUAAUUGCCAGAACUGCACUUACAAUAAAAUGCUGUAGCGUCAAGCCAAAAAGAAAAUCCUCUACACAAAAGACAAGUCUGAAAAAAAGUUGUACAACUGAUGAAGAUGAUAUUGAGCUUUCUGAACGUCGAAUAGCAUUAAGAGAGAGAGAGUUGAAUUUGAAGAAGCAAGAAAUUGAAAUUAGAGUUCUUGAACUGGAUAUCCUGUUCAAAGAAAAAA